GUGACCUAACCUGCCAUGCACUGGAGAUGCAUGAAGAUUCAGGUGUGCUUUUUGGUUCGUUUGAUUCACGUAAUAUGCUGAAGUAAUGGAUCUUUGAGCUCUGCUGGACUCAGCUUGGAGUUCUCAAGAUCUGAGUGUCCAGAGUCAUGAAACUUAGUCCUUGUCAAGCCCCAUUAUAUGGCGAGUGUGUGCUAACAGUUCAGCUCUGUGAUGAAGGAGAACAAGGGGAGGUGCAGUUCUUCCUGUUGUUCACUGGCUCUGCUCAGAGACAUCUUACCAGCACACUAAAGGUCAACCAUGCCACCCUUCAGGCUGUGUGUCCAGCUCAUAACUGCUGUGAGUCGGUGCUGGUCACCCUGUGCUCAGCGGGACCGGACGGUAACAUUCAUACUCUGGCUACCGAGCACCUACACUUCGUGCAGGACCUGGCCUUCGACAUGGCUCGGUUCCUGGUGAGCGCGGUGGGGCCGACGAAUCUGCUGGAGGAGGCUCUGCUACUGGACGAACAUCAGAUCCCUCUGCAGGAGUGCGAAAAGCUGGACCAGAGUCUGUCCCUGGCCCUCAAACAUAUAAUGCUACCCCCUGGCUGGAGCCUGCUGGGGAAUAGCACACGACUGGAGCCUCAAGAGACCCUCCUUCACUUCGCAGCCCGCCGCGGGCUCCUCAAAGUGGCCAGGUUUCUCCUCAAGCAGCCAGGGGCCCGAGAGACCCUCAGCCUGUGUAAUAAACAGGGCUCCACACCGGUGGUCAUCGCCCAGAGUCGAGGACAUACGGCUCUGCUGGAGCUCUUCAGCCGGGAGGGUUUGGAUACAGACAUUGGCGUUGAGACGCUCAGACAGCUCUCCUCCUCGGGCAGUCGUGUGGUGCAGCACCACCCCUCUCUGAACACCUACACCCUCUCUGUGGGCACCGAGCCAGGCGGCACACCACCCAACCCACAGGCCGACAUCCUGGAACUGUACAGACUGAUCCUUAGCCAUUGUCAAGAGAAGUUGAGUCAGGGAGGAGUUGUGUUUCAGCAGAGCUCAGACUCUCUGCACAUUGCCCAAGAAUGUGAUGACGGCCUGGAGACCAGAGAUUGCUGUUGUGAAGAGGCACCGCUCGACUCCCUUGAGACGAGAGAACGAGGGUUCACUCCUUUUAGCACAGAGGAAAACAAAGGAGAACGUAAUGACCGCCUGGAUCCCUCGCAAAGCAGGGAGGGUGACGGAGGUCCCUCGCUCAGCUGUGAAACUGACCCGGCUCUCCUAUUCAAUGGCAAUAGCGCAGAUCAGCGGGCGUGUGCUUGUGAAAACAGUGAGACUGAUUGCAGAGAGCAAGAAAAGCGUUCAAGUACUGGUCUAGUUAGUACCGGUGACGUUGGAGAUAGUAGUGAUGGUUUGCAGAGCGGUUCUGAGAGCAUAGUCAACAGAACUUCUUCCUGCGGACAACAGAAAGAGGAAGCUGAUAAAGCGGACGACUUAAUCUGUGAAACACCGGUUUGUGCUGAGGGACCUGAGGAGGAAAAUCAGGAAAAAGGACACAACUUUGUGGAGGAGAAAAAGCUAUCUGAACGUAGCCCCAUCGUUGAGGCAGGAGAUAUGGGAAUCACUCAGUCUUUGGACACGCCAGAAAGCUCGGAUGUUGAAUCUUGUUCACAGGGUGCAGAGACUGAUGAUGAAGAAGAGGAUGAGUGUGGAGAUCUCAUAGAUCCAGAGGAGGUUCGAGAAGAAAGCAAGAAACCACUGGAUCUAAAUCCUGAUGGAGAUACACCUCUGGAUUGCUCGCGACAAAAUUUGGUGGAAAAUGAAAUGCAUGCUUGUGAAGACGUUUGGGAUAAAACCGAUGACACUGGAACCCAGCUAGAGGGAGGCAUUUGUGAGAAGAUCACGUGUAAUGUGGAAGGUAGUGGAGAUCUUGAUUCUUCAGGAACCUGUGAUCAAGAAGACACUGAUGAGGAGUUUCAGGAGAGUCUAGAAAUGCCAUACUUUGAAACAGAUGGCGAGCAACCGAAGGAAGAACUUAGUGAUACAACCUCAAGGAUUACGGUUGCUGAGGAUGAGAGCGUUUUACACCGGCAUGAAGAAAAUCGAGAGCUGUUGCCUGUAGAAAAGACAAUUCUUUCAAGUGAAGUAAGUGAGUUUGACGGACAGAAACUAAAUUCUUCCAGCGUCUUACAAAAUGAGCUUGGUCCAGAACCUGGAUCUUCCACAGCAACUAGUGAGGACACCUUAGAAGAUCUAGAGGUUCUUUUAGGUUCUAGCUUUGAGAUGAUGGAGAACGUUCAAGGGAACCAGAAGAACGAACCCGUUUGGGAAGCUCAGGCAUCAGAGGAGGAAGUUCUGUGGAUUCCCGCAGAUAUGGAGAAAGUGAAUCUCCCAGAUGACUCCUCUCAGGAUCCCAGACAGGAAAUGACCUCAAACAGUGAGGUCAUGCAGGGCACAGCAGCAGUAGUCCUUUCAGAAGAGGAUGCGGGUGUAGUUUUUGUAAACACAGAUGGGACAGAAGCUGCAGUGCAGGAAGCUGUACAACCAAUGGGCGAAGAAGACCUACUGAAGGAGUCAGAUGCAAGUUUGGAGGAUCAGACGGACUCUCAGAAGACAAUGUGGCCUGAUAUCACAGACAAAAAAGAUGCACCAGUGUUUCUUCUUACGCGUGUUGGAAAGAUGUACGAGCGAUACAAGCGGAGGUAUAGUUUGUGUGCCAAAGGAGAGAGAACUCUGGAUGUAGUUUUAAUCAAGCGCCGCAAAUAUGCAGUGGCAGCGGUGCCAGAUUCUGGAAAGGGACACUGGGCCAUGUUUGGCUCUGAGCAGACUUUAGGGUUUGGGCCUGUGUUACAGAGAGCGAAACUGGGCCGAACGGCAGUUUUCCAACAUGAUAACGACCCCAAACACACCGCCAAGAUGACAACUGCCUUGCUGAGAAAGCUGAAGGUGAAGGUUAUGGAGUGGCCAAGCAUGUCUCCAGACCUAAACCCUAUUGAGCACCUGUGGGGCAUCCUCAAACGGAAGGUGGAGAAGCGCCAUAUCCACAGAGACAAAGACACACUGUGUUCCAGUGUUUCCCAGAAGAGAGACAGCUUAUCCACAGAGAGUUCACAGUAUCCAGAGUUUCACACUUGCAAUUCAGAAACGGUCACAUUUCGAGACUCAGGAAGAGAUACAGAUGGAUUUCUCAGCCCUGACACUGGAGAAGACAACAUCUUCAGAAAGGGGCAGGAGGCAGUAGGGGGAGGCGACAGCACGAGCGAGGUGUCCGUCUCCUGCUCCUCCACAGACGAGCAUCCCAGCUCCUCGGCCGAGAGCUCAGAGGAGGUGCGGCACGGAGGGGAGGCGGAAGGCGAGGCCAAAGACAGCUUAACGGAGGUGCCGCUGCCCGCCUCUCUCUUCCGCUCCACCGUACGCUCGCUCUCUCCCUUCCGCAGACACAGCUGGGGUCCUGGGAAGAACCAGGGAGGGGAAGAAGAGAUGAACCAGCGCAGUUCUGUACGAAAUACAGGAGAGGAAAAGCCUGUGUUUUACCGAAGAAGUUAUAGUUUGGAGGGUCUAGCAGCAGGGAUUGAGGAUGGCAAACGCUGGAUACCGCAGUCCGGAGGUCCAUCCCAGGAUCAGCGAGGGGUUCAGAGGCAGGAGAGUGAGGAGAGGGGCUCACUGAUGUCUCUCACAGAAGAAGGUCCCGAGUCUGAUUUGGGAGAAUUCAGCAGUCCAGGUGGACAGUGUGACUCCAUCAUUGUGCUUGUAGGCAUGACGUCAUUCACCAGUACCACCAGUUCAAUGGGAUACAGCAUCACAGAGGAGGAACCUGGACCUUUAAGAGGAGAUUUUGAAAAAAGUACCACCAAAGUGAGCCGGACGUUCAGCUACUUGAAGAACAAAAUGUACAAGAAAGCCAGAGAAAAAGAAAAGGAAAAGAAUCGGGAGAAAGACCGAGAUGCCAAAGAGAGAGAGAAGAAAUCAGUGAAUGGACACGUGUUCAGCACGUCAAGCUCGCUGCAUCCAGCUUUGUGCCAGCAAUGCAACAAAACCCUCAACACUAAAGAUACUGUCAACUGCACAAAUUGCAAUGUGAGAGUUCACAAGAGUUGUAGAGAAAACGUCCCGGUUUGUCCCAAAAGCAGAAUGAAGUUUGCUAUACCAGAGUCCACCACUAUGCCUGUCGUCACUCUACGAACAAAAUCAUCCACACUGCGGGAACGGCCCUGGUCUGCUAUCUUUUCUCCAGAGGAACAUUCUGUGAUUGUCCCGUCCAGACGACCCACCAGUAUUAUGCCCUUCCACAGCAGCAACCUCUCGAAAAGCAUGUCCAUCAACAAUAUUGCAAUGUUUGACGAUACGCCUCUGAGAAGCAGGCGGUAUCUGUCUCAAUCCACAGACUCCCUCCACAAACCCAACAAGGUUACAGCGUCCAAUGAGUCUCUAGAUGAAGGAACCGAGAUGGUUGACAGCCGGCUGAUGGGAGACUUUGAAACAGAUGUUAAGGAACUGGAGGCUGACUCCUGGAGCCUUACUGUAGAUAAGAAAUAUCUGAAGCAACUCAAGAAGGACGUCAUCAAGAGACAAGAUGUCAUCUAUGAGCUGAUCCAGACGGAGAUGCAUCACCUGCGGACGUUACGGAUCAUGUCUGAUGUGUACAGUAAGGGCCUGCUGACAGAUCUCCAGCUGGAGGGCCAGAUGGUGGAGAAGAUGUUUCCCAUGCUGGAAGAUCUCCUGGAGCUCCAUUCGUUCUUCUUCAGUGCUCUGCAAGAGAGGAAGAAGGAAGGCAAGCUGGAAGGGACGGAUGGAUUCAUAAUCAACAGGAUAGGAGAUGUGCUGUUCAGCCUGUUCUCAGACUCCAAUGCAGAAAACAUGAAGAAAAUCUAUGGCAGAUUUUGCAGUCGACACAGUGAAGCAGUGAACUUCUACAAGGAGCUGCACACCAGGGACAAACACUUCCAGGCAUUCAUCAGGAAAAAAAUGAGCAGCAGUGUUGUCCGGCGUCUGGGCAUCCCAGAGUGCAUAUUACUGGUGACUCAGCGCAUAACAAAGUACCCGGUGCUUUUACAGAGAAUCCUGCAGCACACCAAAGAGACCGAGAAGGAUUUUGAGGACUUGACGCAGGCUCUACAGCUGGUGAAAGAUAUCAUUGCUUCAGUGGAUAGUAAAGUGAACGAGCAUGAGAAGAAGAAAAGGUUGAAAGAGAUCUACGGCCGUACGGACAGCAAGUCCAUCACGCGCAUGAAGAGCGGCCAGAUGUUCGCCCGAGAGGAUCUGCUGCGCAGUCGCAGGCUUCUCCGUGAUGGUCCUCUGCAGCUGAAGAACGCUGCCGGGCGACUGAAGGAUGUCCACGCACUUCUUCUUUCUGAUGUCUUUUUGUUCCUCCAAGAAAAAGACCAGAAAUAUGUUUUUGCAUCUUUGGACCAGCGAGCCACCGUUAUUUCCCUGCAGAAGCUGAUCGUGCGAGAGGUGGCCCACGAGGAGCGCGGCCUCUUCCUCAUCACCGCCGGCAUCGCAAACCCCGAGAUGGUGGAGGUUCACGCCAGUUCCCGAGAGGAGCGCAACACCUGGAUGCAGCUCAUUCAGGAUGCCAUGCACUCAGUAGAAAAGGAUGAUGAUGAGGGGAUCCCGAGUGAAACAGAGGAAGACAGGAAGCUACUUGAAACAAAAACAAAAGAAAUGAGAGACAUGCUCCAGAGGAAAGAUGAACAGAUCGUAUCACUCCUUCUGGAGAAGAUGAAGCUUUUCCGUGAAAUGUGCGGUUCGUCCGACGACACGGCUUCGGCGGUCAAAAUGCUCUUCAGGACCAACAACGAGGACGUCCUCAAGGGAGAACCCAUCAUGAUGGACGCUCUCAGAGAGGUGGAGAUGUUGCAGGCGCUGGUGAACAGCAGUCUGGGAGGGGCGGUGGGACAGCAGGUGGCCUGCGCUCCGGGGAACAUGGGACCCGUGUGUCUGCCACGCAGAGCCGAGACCUUCGGAGGGUUUGACAGCCACCAGAUGAACAUCUGCAAACAUGGUGACAAAGAGGAAGCUGAAGACCUUCGGAGGACAGAAUCUGACAGUGUACUGAAGAAGGGAGGAAACGCCAACCUACUGCUCCUGCUGAAGACAAACAGCGAGCAGAUCCUGACUAGUGUCACUCACCUUCAUGACCUCCUCAGCUCACUUCAGGCCAUAGUGCUGCAGCAGGACACUUUUAUCGAGGACCAGCGUCAGGCCCUGAGCGAGCGCACCCCGUCCCGCUCCUCCUCUCGUCCCCCCUCGCUGGUGGAGCAGGAGAAACAGCGCAGCUUGGAGCGGCACCGACAGGAGGCCGCCGCUCUACAGCGCCAGCAGGCCGCCCACGCCGAAGAGAAGCGGCGCAAGGAAAAAGAGUGGGAUGUGAAGGAGCAGGAGCUGACGGACCGCGAGGUGCUGCUGCACGUGAAGGAGGAGGAGAUGCGCAGGAGGAACAAAGAGCUGGAGGAGGCGCAGCAGGGGCUGCAGGGAAGGAAGGAGGACUAUCAGAGGGAUCUAGAGAGACUGAGGGAUGCUCAGAGGAGGCUGGAGAGGGAGAGGGAGCAGCUGCAGAGGGAGGCGGAGAGAGUGGAGCACCUCCGCGAGGUGGAGGCUCGGCUUCAGCGCACACCCUCCAGCACAUCAGAGGACUCCCUGAAGCUCCAGAGCAGCAGCUCCAUCGAGCGAGAGAUCUUGGAGGGCGAGUUAUUGUCCAGCCCCAGGAAGAACUCUCUGUCCAGAAUGGACUCCAAACAGAAGGGCCGCAGCCUCUUCUCCCUGGGCGGCAAAACUCAGAGCUUAGAAGGACAACACCAGCUCCCCACACGACUGCUUCAGCUGGCUUCAUCCAAGGAGAAGAAGGACAAAAAGAAGAAGAAGAGCAAGAGCCAGCCUCCUCAGGAUGCAGCAUCACAUCUGCUGCCCCUGACAGAGCCUUCAAUGGACGGGGAGCUCUUCUUCUGCUGAUUUACCCAUCAUCCCUUCGGUCCACAUCAUUCCCUUUCAUGGACUCUCUAUCAAAUCAUGUAGGAAGUCACCCAAAGUG